UUAAGGGGUACGUCAUCAACGUGCGACUUCUCACAUGCUCACAACAGAGCAGCACUGGAGUACGAAUGACAGCAGAGUUGCUGCAGCUCCUUCAAAAUAAAAGACCAUCUCUGUUUAGACUCUAAAGGACAGCUGCUCUCUUGUCAGUGUCUUCCUCUCAAACAGUCAUGAGUGACAGUGACGAUGACGUUCCCACCCUGUCCGCUCACACUUUGGCUGCCCUGCAGGAGUUUUACAACGAGACCAGGAUGGCUCAGGAUCACAGCACGACAGCAGGAGACCAGUUCACUGUGGGAGCCGUGGAGGAGGACUGGGGUAUGAGUCAGUUCUGGUACAGUGAUGAGACGGCGACUCAGUUAGCUGAGGAGGCUGUACGGGAAGCUGGAGAGGGAGGAAGGAUAGCUUGUGUGAGUGCUCCCAGUGCAUACCAGAAGCUGAAGCAGGGCAUGGUGGACGGAUCUGACCAAGUGUCUGCUGUCGUGUUGGAGUACGACCGGCGCUUUGCCACCUAUGGAGACGACUUCAUCUUCUAUGACUACAACGAGCCGCUGUCUCUCCCUGCUCAUGUUGCUCCUCGGAGCUUUGACAUCGUCCUCGCUGACCCGCCGUACCUGUCAGAGGAGUGUCUGAGCAAAGUGGCCCAAACCAUCAAAUACCUGAGCAAAGGAAAAGUGCUGCUGUGUACAGGAGCGAUCAUGGAGAAUUUGGCGAAAGAGCUCCUGGAUGUAAAAAUGUGCAGCUUCCUCCCCAAACACAACAGGAACUUAUCCAAUGAGUUUCGCUGUUUUGUCAACUAUCCAUCUCAAUUGUUGUCCUGCUGAUCGAAAAACCUCCAGCUGAUCAGGGAAAAAAAAAAGCCUGAUGGGAAAAGACAUGACAGAACUUGACUUCCUGUGAUGUGGUGGUGAUAUCAUCAGGAUAAAGUACAAAGAAUGCAGAUUUCAGACACAAGACAGAUCCUUUCUAGCCUGAAAUGAAAUGAUUAUUUUGGUUGGGAAGGAGAAUGUGGUUCAAAGAAUCAUAAUGAGAAAUUGAGACAAAAGUCUGUCAUCAUUUGCAGUGAAAGGUGGGAAAUAUUUCCUAAAGGUUUCUGCAGCACGUCUGUAUCACAAUGUUGUUUCAAUUAAAUAUUCAGUGAUUUCUUCUUGAAAAGGA